UUUCUCAUCACGUUCCAAGGAACAUGUUUCUUGUUGCUUUUUGACCGUGAAAAUAUUCCGUAAAUAAGAAGUUCGAUCGCAUUGAAAGUCAAGAGCUAAGAUUCAUUGGACAGACCGAACUGCGAGAGACCAAGUCAAACUACUGCUGUCAGGACACAUCUUUUCCGAGGUCCUCUCUCCUUCAGUCUUCACCACCAUUCACCAUGGAGACUUCAACCUCAGCUGCAACAGAAAAGAAGGAGUGCAAGGUAUCCAGUGUGGAGGGGAACAGCUUCUCUGACCUCCCCAAGAAACCCGCCCCUUCAGCAGUUGCAAGAGGCCCUCACCACAUAUUCCCGACCUUCCACACGCCCAUCCCCAUCGAUGUGCGCCACCACGAAGGAAGAUACCAUUACGACCCACACGCCCUACAUGCAAUGCACGGGCCUCCUGGGUUGGGUGGCAGUCCUGUCAUCUCAGACAUCUCUCUCAUCCGGCUGUCACCCCACGCCACAGGCACGGGGGAGUCUCCCUUUAGCCCCCCGCACCCCUAUGUGAACCCCCACAUGGAGCACUAUCUCCGCUCCGUCCACGGCAGCCCCACCCUCUCCAUGAUCUCUGCAGCCCGGGGCUUAAGCCCGGCAGACGUUACCCAUGAACACUUGAAGGAGCGCAGCCUCUUCAGCCUGGCCCCGCCCCCUCCCGGGGCCAACUCGGCCGAGUACUACCACCUGAUGGCCAGCCACCGCAACCCUUACGGGGACCUGCUCAUGCAGACCGGGGCCGCCGCUGCCGCUGCCCACCUGCCCGACUACAUCAGCCCUGUGGAUGUUUCCCGGUUCCCCAGUCCCAGGCUGACUCCCAGGCUGAGCCGCAAACGAGCCCUGUCCAUCUCGCCCCUCUCUGACGCCAGCAUCGACCUGCAGACCAUGAUCCGCACCUCGCCCAACUCCCUGGUGGCCUACAUCAACAACUCACGCAGCAGCUCCGCCGCCAGCAGCUCCUACGGGCACCUCUCCGUCGGAGGCAUCAGUCCCUCCUUUACGUUCCCCCACCCCAUCAACCCCAUGGCCUACCAGCAGAUUCUGUCCCAGCAGCGUGGUCUGAGCGCCUUCGGCCACACUCCGCCCCUCAUCCAGCCCUCACCCACCUUUUCUGCACGCUCGCACCCGCUGGGCAUCUCCGCCCUGCCCACCGUCGCCCACAACAACCACGCCGAGUCACACCAGAAUGCUGGUGGGGAUUCGGCAGUCAGCAGCACUGUCAACCCCAUGAUCACCAAGAGGUCAAAGGUGAAGACGGAGGGGGAAGGCCCUCGGCCUGCCUCCCCCUGCUCACAGGAUCAUCUGAGUGGGACUCUGGACCUGAAAGAGGACCUGGACAAAGACGAGUGCAAGCAGGAGCCUGAAGUGGUGUAUGAGACCAACUGCCACUGGGAGGGCUGCUCCAAGGAGUACGACACUCAGGACCAGCUGGUUCACCACAUCAAUAAUGACCACAUCCACGGGGAGAAGAAGGAGUUUGUGUGCCGCUGGGAGGAGUGCUCGAGGGAGCAGAAGCCCUUUAAGGCCCAGUACAUGCUGGUGGUGCACAUGCGCAGACACACCGGGGAGAAGCCACACAAGUGCACCUUCGAGGGCUGCUCCAAGGCCUACUCCCGCCUGGAGAACCUCAAGACCCACCUGAGGUCCCACACGGGCGAGAAGCCUUACGUGUGUGAGCAUGAGGGCUGCAAUAAGGCCUUCUCCAACGCCUCUGACCGGGCCAAGCACCAGAACCGCACCCACUCGAAUGAGAAACCCUACGUGUGCAAGAUCCCCGGCUGCACCAAGCGCUACACAGACCCCAGCUCUCUCAGGAAACACGUGAAGACCGUCCACGGCCCCGAGGCCCACAUCACAAAGAAGCAGCGGGGCGAUGGGCCCCCCAGGCCUCAGCCCCCAAAGGAGAAUGGAGAGAACGAGGCCAGCGCCAAGCACAGCAGCAGAGGCUCGGAGGACAGGCUGGAGGCCAACAGCACCACCAGAGGCAUGGAGGACUACCUGCAGGUCAAGUCCAUAAAGACGGAGAACUCUGUGAUGUAUCAGUCCAGCCCUGGUGGUCAGUCCUCAUGCAGCAGCGAGCCGUCACCGCUCGGUAGCGCCACCAACAAUGACAGUGGAGUAGAGAUGACCAUGCACAGCGGGGGCAGCCUGGGAGACCUGACCGCGCUGGAUGACGCCCCCGUGGUGGACUCCACCGUCUCCUCGGGAACCGGGACCACAGCAGUCGGCCUUCAGCUGCACAAGAACAUAAGCGCCCCCUACAGGCUGGAGCACCUCAAGAGGGAGAAGCUGAAAACAGUGAGGGACUCCUGCUCCUGGGCCAGCCAGGCACCUCAGGCCCGGAACACCACGCUGCCGCCCAUACCAGCCACAGGUUCCUUACUGGAGAAUUCGGGUUUUGGUGGUCCAACCGCAGUGCUCCCCUGCCCCCGCAUUGGUGAGCUGACCUCCACCGAGGUGACCAUGCUGAACCAGCUCAACGAGCGCAGGGACAGCACCACCAGCACCAUCAGCUCCGCUUACACCCUGAGCCGCAGGUCCUCCGGCAUCUCGCCCUGCUACUCCAGCCGCCGCUCCAGCGAGGCCUCCCAGUUCGGGGGCCGCCCCAACAACAUCAGCUCCGCCGACUCUUACGACCCCAUCUCAGCCGACCUGUCACGGCGCUCCAGCGAGGCCAGCCAGUGCGGCGGCGGGGGCCUACCCAGCCUCCUCAGCCUCACCCCAGCCCAGCACUACCGCCUCAAAGCCAAGUACGCUGCCGCCACCGGGGGCGCCCCGCCCACGCCACUGCCCAACAUGGAUCGCAUGAGCCUCGGGGCCAGGAUGGCCCUCUUCGGGGAUUCCCCCGGUCGGCCCUCCUACGCUCCUGCCGCCCCCCGGCGCUGCAGCGACACGGGCUACGGCGCCCCCAGCCUGAUGCCCCACGAGGUUCCCGCCAACAUCCCCCGGCGGGCCAGCGACCCCGUCCGCCGCCUGGCCCCGGAGCUUCCGUCCCUGCCGCGGGUGCAGCGUUUCUGCAGCAUGAACAGCGUCAACCCCGCCCCGCCACCCGCUGGCCUUGACCGCCGCGGCCUGGCCCCGCAGGGCUACACCCGCUCAGAUGGCAGCCUGCACCGCCACCCCUUCGCGCCCCGCCCGCCCAGCAUCUCCGAGAACGUGGCCAUGGAGACCAUGGCGGGCGAUGCCGACGGACAGGGCAGUGAGGAAGACAUAGUGCUGCCAGACGACGUGGUGCAGUACAUCCAGUCCCAGAACGGCAGGUCGGGCCAGGACACUGGCGCGCCGGCCUACACUGGCCAGCCACAGGGCUUCCAGGGCGAGGUGGCCUCACAGCAGCCGCAGUUUUACGGCCAGCGGAGGAUGGCCAUGGUGGACGCCAACAUGACCCCUCCGGGGCAGACCCUACCGGCCUGCCAGCUCAACCCAGCCCCCCAGCAGCAGUUCCCGGCCUCCCCGGGCGCCAACAGAAACAGCAUGCCUGUCCAGUGGAACGAGGUCAGCUCAGGGUCCGUGGACGCCACGCAGACCCAGGCUAAGCAGCCAUUUGCCCGGGGGAACCUGGCCAUCGUCCAGCAGAGGCAGAACUUCGGCAGCUUUCAGAAUGUCAGCUCCAACCAGCAGGUGGCGCAGAUGAGCCAGAACCUGGCGCACGCGGCCCAGCAGAAUUACAUGCAGCGGGGCUCGGGGCUGAUGCCACAGAAGAUGAACUGUGCCCAGCAGCAGAGGCAGCAGGCCGGCAACCCCUGUCCGAACCCCAAUGACCAAAUGAGCCUGCAUCAGCAAGCGUACAGCCAGAAUGGAAGCGCUAACCUGCGGCCCUCUUGCACCAGCGUGGCUGGAGGGUCAUCAGGAACUAUAGCUCCAAAUGGCAGGGGGAUGAUGCAGGCACCAGAGAUGCCCAACUACAGGUCCAGGACUCAGGCAGCCCAGACAGGGGGAAGUCAGAGCCACAUUUCCUAUGGAGGCAAUCACGAAAAUUACUCCCAGAUGAACCCCAGCCAACAGAGCCAAGUUCUACCGUCCCAGCGCUCCAUCUCAAACGGGUAUCAAGGGCUGAUGCAGCCGAGGCCGCCCGCGGAACCCAAAUCCCUGAGCAGACAGCAUUCGGGGCCGAGCACCAUGCAGCCCCCUGGAUUUCCUCAGUCAGGCUUCAGCCCCCGUUACGGCACCUCCGAGGCCAGCCCCAAGAGGCCCAGCGGCUCGGCCCGCGUCCACAGCGACAGCGGAGGAGAUGACAGCGCCAUGUUCUACACGGGCCAGAUUCACAUGUUCGAGUCCAGCGGCAGCUUCGACCCCCCCGCGCCCCACUGUGCCGGCACGCCCCAGGACAGCACGCUGCAGUGCCCCUCAGACGCAGCAGCUCCGGCGGCCAUUGCCAUGCCCUCCCCAGGAGCGGAGCAAGUCUCCAGCACGGUGGACUCCUCCCAGGGCCUGGACCAUGCCCAGAUCGACUUCGACGCCAUGCUGGACGACGGGGACCACUCCAGCCUCAUGUCGGGCACCCUCAGCCCCAGUGUCCUCCAGAGCCUAUCCCAGAAUUCCUCGCGGCUCACCACUCCCCGCAACUCGGUGACACUGCUGCCGCCCGUACCGGCUGGGAUUGGCAACAUGGCCAUCGGGGACAUGAGCUCCAUGCUGACUGCUCUGGCCGAGGAGAGCAGGUUCCUCAACAUGAUGUCAUAAGCCCGUGCUACACGAAGCAAUGUACAUGCAACUAAAUCCUCAGCCAAUUUUUUACAUGCCACCCAAUCCAGUUGAUUUACAACAGACACGCAACUCUUGUUGCAUCGUCACACAAUAGACAGACAUCUUAUUGAUCCAUCCAAAGUGCAGAUCCCUGUCACGUGAUUUAGUUGAUCAUGCAUUUAGCAGCCAGCUCCACAAGCAGCUUCAACAUAUUAGUGUUAUUUCUUGAGUUGCAUGACUUCCAACAAAGUUUGAGCACUUAAUGCCUGUGUUUCUGAGCAGGCAUUGAACAUUUCACAAUUA